AUGUACGCCGAAGCCGACGAUGGAAGCGAGGCGGAGGACCUGCCCGACGUGUCGCCCAUCAACUCUCCCAUCAACUCGCCGGUCAGAACCAUGUCGCAGGGCUCAAUAGCGCCUGACCACGCACACAGUGAAGAACAGUAUGGCAGCGCGAUGGAACCGCACCUGGAGCGACAGAUGACGCCAGCAGCGACGAACGGGGACACACCUAGGUCGAGCAGGUCCGAGGCGUCGGGCAUGGUGAUGGACAUGGAGCAGUACCACAACCGGAAGCGGAAGCGACUACUCGAACCGACCGGCGACAAGCACUCCUCUGCUUCUCCAUCAUCUUCUUCCUCUUCCCUUGCCUCUCCUGCAUCGUCCCCCUCGGCCAGCACUGCACAUCACCACUCGCUCAGCAGCAACAACUCGCGAGGCCAUGACCAGGCUGCGAACAAGUCUGCAGGCACCGCGCCUCCUGCCAAACGGGGCAAGUCCGUUAGCAGCAGCGCAGCCUUGACCUCGCCCCACACGUCCAGCCUCCCCUCCAGACCGCCCACCACGUGGCCCCCGCCGCCCGGCCGCAACAACAACGGGCGCCCUACGGUCCCCACACCCAAGAUCUCCCCCUCUUCAUCGCCAUCUCCUCAAGCCAAGCCGCCCACCAUCGCGUCGGCCACCGCUGUCCCUCUUGCGGCGCUCGAUACUCAAGUGCCCGAGCCAGUCGAAGAAGUAGAAGAGGCUGACGACGAUCAGCCGCACGAUGACCCGGAGCUGACCGCCGCCCUGACCGAGCUCCUCAACACGCCCAUGUUCACCACGCCGCAGCACCUCAUGUGCCCGCUCACCCUCAAGGCCAUGAACGACCCGGUCGUCACCGCCGGCGACGGCUACACCUACGAACGGGCCGCCAUCCAGGCCUGGAUCCAGCAGCGGCUGCCGGCCGACCGAGCCAGCGACGACGUGCCCGUGCCCGGCCCGCAGGGAGACCCGGUCUCGCUGGCGGGCCUGAUCCCCAGCCGCACCACCCGCGACGCGGUCGCGCGCUGGCGUCGCAGAAGGAAGGCCCUCAAGAAGACCAUCCGCCAGGGCCGCAGCGAGCCGGUGGCGGCACGCCGCCUGCGGCGCUGCCUGCGCGACGUGCGCGCCCGCGAGCUGGGCCACUUUGAGAAGGCCCAGCGGCUGAGCCAAAUCGAGGACGAGCUGCUCCGGGCGCACGACCAGGCCGAGUUGCUGGGGCGCGCGGCCGGCGAGAAGGCGGCGCUGAUCGCCCGGCAGGAGGCCAACCUGGCCGAGCACGACGCGCGUGUGGUGGAGGCCGAGGAGCAGCUGCGCGCCCUUGUGCGCCGCCUGGAGGAGCUGCGCGCGUCCCAGGAGGCCGAGCGACAGAGGCUCGAGGCACUCCAGCACGAGGCCCUCUCCAUCCAGCAGGAGACCACAGCUCUCCACCAGGAAUCCAACGCUCUCCAGCAAUCCGGAGCGGCGUUGAUGCGGGAGAGGGAGGAGACGAAGGUGGACCUGGACCGGGCGUGGGAGGAGAUCCAGGCGUGUAUUGCGCAGCUGGAGGAGGCGCGCAAGCUGAGCGUCGACCUGCAGCAGGUGGUAGACGAGCACCCCGGCACGCGAAGCCUGCGGGACAAGCUCGAAGAGUCCAACCAGGACCUCCACCGCCUCCACCACGAAAUCAACCAACUCCAGAACACCAUCGCCACCGAGCUCUGUUCUCGCGCCAGGAUGAUGGACACGGAGGAUCCGUACCGGGCAGAGAUGCUGUUGCGCGCGUGUAAUCUCGGAUCGACGGAGGCCCAGUACAAGCUGGGCAAGUACUACCUGAUCCACGAGGGCGAAGAACGGGCCAAGGCGCUGGGGUACUUCAUGCAUGUGGUGGAGUCUGGGCUGGACGAGACCGGCCGUGUUCGAUCGGGCCUGAGCGUCCAGGAGGGCGCCCUGGUCAGCAAGGCCCUGUACAACGUUGGGUGCUGCCAACGCCGCGGCGUGGGCACCCCCGUCGACUGCGCCCUCGCCUACCAUUACUUUGCCAUGGCCGCGGACAGUGGGCAUGCGGCGGCGCAGAAUAUGAUGGGCGACGCCUACAACGAGGUGGGCGGGGUGUUCCCGCGCGACGUGGAGAUGGCCUUCAAGUACUUCGAGAAGAGCUCGGCCCAGGGCGAUAAGAUGGCCACCUACAACCUGGCCAUCCUCUACCAGUCCGACGAGAUCAAGGCCAGGGACGACCGCCACGCCUUCAACCUGUUCAAGAGCCUGGCAGAGGGAGGCGAUGAGGACAGCAUGCACGAGGUGAGCCAGUGCUAUAGAGAGGGCAAGGGCGUGGCGCGAGACAUGGAGAAGGCCGAGUACUGGCUGCGCAAGAGGCAGACCGCGUUGGCGGAGAACGGAGGAUCGGCUAAGGCCGACUGA